ACUUCUCUUCGUACCGGUUUACCAUUUAGUAUUUGGUGUUCAUGUUGAUCAAUAUAACGUUUGAUAGGAAGUAGAUUUGUACGACAACAGUACAAGUUUAAUUUAACAUUGAUCAUUUUGAUGAAAGGAAACGCUGUAUUGAAAAGUUAUAAUUACUUGAUUACAUUUGAUAUCCAGGUGUUAUGGAGUGACUGAUUUUUGUCAUCGCGUUAUACUUAACUUUAGUCUUCAUAUCUGUAUACUGAACUACAACCACUACAAAAAUGUCGAAGGCUUUUCCAAACGUUCCGAUUCAAUCCACAGCAGGGGCUAUCCCUUUGAAAAAUGAAAAAGGGGAACUUGUUAUGCAGAAAGUGAAAGUAAACAGAUAUGUUACUGGAAAAAGACCUGAUUAUGCUCCAGACAGCAGUGGUGGAGAAGGCAGUGAUGAGGAAUUUGAGUUUAACAGAAAAAAGAGGCAACAGCAGCAGGCAACAGAAGAAACAGCUCCAGAGGAACCUGAGCCAUCAGACAACAUAUUGGAUCGACGACUCCGGCGAUUACAGAGUCGUGGGGAUGUCGACUUCGAUGAUGAUGAUGAUGAUAGAGUAGCAAGACACAGAAGAGAAGUAGUAGAACCUGAGAUAAUUCAGGAGAAGUCCGAUUCUGAAGAUGAACGGCACAGAAAGAGGUUUGGAGAAGAGGAAGAAAGCAGUGAAGAGGAGGAAGAAUUGGAUGAAGAAGAAAUAGAAAGGAGAAGACAACUCCUUCGUCAGCGAAUGCAACAGAGGCAGGAUGAAGAGGAAGUUUUAGAAGUUGAAGAAGAGAGGGUUGAAGGAGAGAGUGAGGAGGAGUCCUCAGAGUAUGAGGAAUAUUCCGACUCCGAGGAGGAGACGGGUCCUAGACUCAAACCAGUGUUUGUCAGAAAAAAAGACAGAAUAACAAUUCAAGAAAAGGAGAAAGAAGAAGCCAAGAAACGGGAAUUGGAAGUAGAGGCAAAGAAAAUGGCUGAGGAAAGGAGAGGGCACACAUUAAAGAUCAUUAAAGAUGAUGCUCGUAAGGAAGCAGAAGAGGAGAAAACAGUGGAGGAUGCCUGUGAUGCUCUGGACUCCGGGGAUGAAAAUGAUGAGGAAGAGUACGAGGCCUGGAAAGUCCGAGAGCUAAGGCGAUUAAAGAGGGAUAAGGAGGAGCGUGAAAAUAUUGAAAAGGAGAAAAUGGAGAUUGAACGAGUCAGAAACAUGAAUGAUGCAGAGAGGCGACAAGAAUUUUCCCAGAAUCCAAAGCUUGUCACAAACAAAGCUCCCAAGGGCAAAUACAAGUUUUUACAGAAGUACUACCACCGAGGUGCCUUUUAUGUGCAAGAUGAUGAAGACCACAUGUACAAACAAGACUUCUCUGCUCCAACAUUGGAAGAUCAUUUUGAUAAAACAAUUCUACCCAAAGUCAUGCAGGUCAAGAACUUUGGACGGUCAGGAAGAACUAAGUACACCCACUUGGUUGACCAGGACACAACUCAGUUUGACUCGCCCUGGAUAGCAGACACAGCCCAAAAUUUGAAGACACACAUGACAAAAGGAGGAGGAAUGAAGCAAGUCUUCAACAGACCCACAUCCAAAUCAAAGCGAAAGUGAAAGCAAAGCAAAAGUGAAAGCAAAGGUGUUGGCAUGUGAAGUGAAAUCUUUGCUUAAGCAGAAGCAGACGUCAAAUUAGAAAGGCUAAAGAGACAAAGAGAGGUUUCUUGAUAAUAAAAGAAUGUACAUACUGGUGGAUGUAUGUAUGUAUUGAUGGAUUUACAUACAUGAAGAUGGUGUCUGUUAGCAUGUGUCCUUUGAAUAUUACACAUCAAACAGAGGUCACCUUGAAAGUUUGAUGGAGGAUGUGAUAUGUUACACAGCAAAAGAUGUGUAGAUCCUUUACACCAGUUAAACUCUCAUUUAAUACCUGGGAUUGGUAGGAAAGGCAUUACAUCAUUAAGGUGUACUUCAAUCUGUUCACUAAUUCAAAUUCAUUUUUACAUCCAGUGUUUGAUUUAGAUAUGUUUUAUUUUUGUGUAUAUCUGAAAAAUGUGUUGAUAAUUUACAGUAAAAAUUUUUAAAAAAGAAA